AUGGAUUUCUUAAAGAAUCCCAUCGUCUUUUUUCGAAGACCGGGGCGCUUUUCUCUGGACAAGUUUCUUACUGGAUUGGACAACGGGUCGACUCUCUUGUUUUUCAAGAAGAAUCGGCCCGUUCUUUCAAUCCGAAGGAAUUUGUCCGCUCAUGAGUUCACCGUGCCCUCCGUCCCGGAGUACCAGGAGGAGGCGCUCGGUGAACCGUGCGGUCAGCGGGAGAGAGAGACUGAGGACGAUGAGGUUCAGAGCUCGGUGAGCGGAGCCGCCGAUCCUCAGACUCCUGCGGUCCAGACAGCAGAGGAAGCCUGUCCAGAUGAGAAGGCCAUGAUUGAGGAUGAAGACUUUGAGGAGGAGGCAUCAGAGUCUUCAUCCCAUCAUGAGCUUUCUUCCGUGUCUGGUUCAGGCUCAGACUCCAGCUCUCUUACCAAAAGGAGUUCCUCUGUUGUUGUUGACGGUAGUGGGGACGAGACCCUCACCAUCCAACCAGCAGCAUGUCUGCCGUGGAUCGGUCAGGUGGUCCCCAUGGCUGACCUUAAGCCACCAGCUCCCAGGAAAGGUCUUCCGCUGUGGAGUGAUAUGUGGUACACGGUGGACCUCAAUGGAUCCCGUGAGGAGUCCACAUCUCCAGAGUCAGCCUGCACACAUCAGGAGGAUGCUCAGAGCUCGGUUAGGUCUGAACUGAGUCCUGAUGGAGCCUCCGCUCCUCAGACUCCUGCGGUCCCGACAGCAGAGGAAGCCUGUCCAGAUGAGAAGGCCAUGAUUGAGGAUGAAGACUUUGAAGAGGAGGCAUCAGAGUCUUCAUCCCAUCAUGAGCUUUCUUCCGUGUCUGGUUCAGGCUCAGACUCCAGCUCUCUUAGCAAAGGGAGUUCCUCUGUUGUUGCUGACGGUAGUGGGGACGAGCCGCUCGCCAUCCAACCAGCAGCAUGUCUGCCUUGGAUCGGUCGGGUGGUCUCGAGAGCUGACCUUACGCCACCAGCUCCCAGGAAAGGUUUUCCGCAGUGGAGUGAUCUGUGGUACACCGUGGACCUCAACGGAUCCCGUGAGAAGUCCACAUCUCCAAAGUCAGUCUGCACACAUCAGGAGGAUACAGAGACUAAAGAUCUGAAGGCGAGGGCGGAGAUUUUAGUCUCUGAAUUGGUCCGGUUCUCCGGAUGUGGUUCUGUUUCUGCAGAAUUCCGAUUUAAGGUAGGGCAAAUGUUGGUGAGCUUUGCCCUGACCUCUGAGGCGGCAUGCACUCUCGCGAGGGAGACAUUGGACCGGGAAAUGCUCCGUCUACGCAAAGAAGAGAGUUCGCCCCAGACAUUGAUUCACCUUUACAGGUUCAUAAAGAGGUUUCCCAUGAUAUUUGUUGGGAUGAAAUGCCAACUCCAUCAAUGGGUCCUCGAGGAUCUUGAAGAUCCAGACCUCGUUUCAGAGGAUGAGGAUGGAUCAGCUGAGAUCGCUCCUGCUGACCCUCCAGCUGAGGGCCCCCUCUUACCUGCUCCUAUGGCUGUUCCAGAGCCUCCACCAGGUCUCCUUUUCUUCCCGGCUCCUGCACCUGCUCCGCAGCCUUCAGUGGAGGUCCUGUCCUCCCCUCCUACUGCACCUGCUCCACAGCCUUCAGUGGAGGUCCUCUCCUUCCCGGCCCCUUUGGCUGUUUCAGAGCCUCCACCAGGUCUCCUCUUCUUCCCGGCACCUUCACCUGCUCCGCAGCCUUCAGUGGAGGUCCUGUCCUCCCCUCCUACUGCACCUGCACCUGCUCCACAGCCUUCAGUGGAGGUCCUCUCCUUCCCGGCUCCUUUGGCUGUUCCAGAGCCUCCACCAGGUCUCCUCUUCUUCCCGGCACCUGCACCUGCUCCGCAGCCUUCAGUGGAGGUCCUCUCCUCCCCUCCUCCUGCACCUGCUCCACAGCCUUCAGUGGAGGUCCUCUCCUUCCCGGCUCCUUUGGCUGUUCCAGAGCCUCCACCAGGUCUCCUCUUCUUCCCGGCACCUGCACCUGCUCCGCAGCCUUCAGUGGAGGUCCUCUCCUCCCCUCCUCCUGCACCUGCUCCACAGCCUUCAGUGGAGGUCCUCUCCUUCCCGGCUCCUUUGGCUGUUUCAGAGCCUCCACCAGGUCUCCUCUUCUUCCCGGCACCUUCACCUGCUCCGCAGCCUUCAGUGGAGGUCCUGUCCUCCCCUCCUACUGCACCUGCACCUGCUCCACAGCCUUCAGUGGAGGUCCUCUCCUUCCCGGCUCCUUUGGCUGUUCCAGAGCCUCCACCAGGUCUCCUCUUCUUCCCGGCACCUGCACCUGCUCCGCAGCCUUCAGUGGAGGUCCUCUCCUCCCCUCCUACUGCAACUGCACCUGCUCCACAGCCUUCAGUGGAGGUCCUCUCCUUCCCGGCUCCUUUGGCUGUUCCAGAGCCUUCACCAGGUCUCCUCUUCUUCCCGGCACCUUCACCUGCUCCGCAGCCUUCAGUGGAGGUCCUCUCCUUCCCGGCUUCUUUGGCUGUUUCAGAGCCUCCACCAAGUCUCCUCUUCUUCCCGGCACCUUCACCUGCUCCGCAGCCUUCAGUGGGGGUGCUCUCCUCCCCUCCUCUUGCACCUGCACUGGCUCCACAGCCUUCAGAUGCACCACCUCAACCCCAGAUGCCCCUGUUUUCUCAGCAAAAGAAUGCAGAUGCUGUGAAGGAUGUGGAGGUUGGGAACGGUUCUUCAUCAUCUCAACUUUCACCUCACAGUCAAGUGCCUCCUCUUGCCUGUUCCUCCGUGCCUCCGUCUAGGAAGCGUCGGGCUCCUUCAUCUUUACAGCAAAGCUAUGGAGUUCAGGGUGAGGCGACACCUAAGAGAGCCAGACUGUGUCCAUCAAGCAGCGAUAUUAAAGCUCAACCUUCAUCUCCUAAUGGCCUGUCGACCAAAGUUGCGCCUCCUCAGCCGCAGACACCUCCGUCCUUUCAGGUAGAUUGUGAACAUUAUCUGUGCCAAUAUGAAUGA